UACGAGUAAGUGUCGUCGCGCGCGCGAGGAGGGAUGCCUACGAAGGGGGAGAGGGGAAAAGCGACGGACUUCAGCAUCGCGGCCAUCAUGGCGCCCAGGGGUCCGUCCUUCGGGCAUUACCACCUGCAGGGCAUCGGCAACGCUGCUGCCACCGCUGACACCAGCCUAGAAUGCCCCGCCGGCAAAGGAUUCGUCGCUGGCUCCACGCUCGAUCACCGUGUCGAAUCGUCGCCAGUGAACAUUGUCGCGACGGCGACGGUGGUGACGGAGGAGGCCCUCCUGGGCGACGAAGAGGCUGAGAACUGCGAGGGCGAGAGCGAGCGCACGGAGACGUCGGGGAACGACGAGGACGAGGAGGUGGACGUCGACGUGGAGGAGUGCAGCAGCGGUGACGACGGGCCGGAGCCCAACGGGAUGUCGUCGGCCGACGAUCUCACGGCGAGCACGCCCUCGCGGAACGGCGCGGACGGCGGCAACGCGGACGAGAGGAAGCAACAUUUGAGGACUAGCUGCAACUCCGUCGAGCUGACUGACGUUCAGUGCCACCUCGAGACCAAGGAUCUCUGGGACAAGUUCAACGACCUCGGCACGGAGAUGAUCAUCACGAAGACCGGCCGACGGAUGUUUCCGACGUGCCGGGUAUCCUUCACCGGACUUAAAUCCGAGGGUCGUUACGCUGUGUUGAUGGACAUUAUACCAGUCGACAACAAGAGGUAUCGGUACGCCUAUCAUCGUAGCUGCUGGCUGGAAGCCGGCAAAGCGGAUCCGCCGGCGCCGGCGCGGCUUUACGUUCACCCCGACUCACCCUUUACCGGCGAGCAAUUGCGGAAACAGGUCGUCUCCUUUGAGAAAGUCAAGCUGACGAACAACGACAUGGACAAGCACGGCCAGAUCGUGCUGAACUCGAUGCACAGGUAUCAGCCGAGGAUACACCUGGUCCGCUGUAAACACGCCGACGACAACAGCUUGAACAUCACCGACCUCCAGAAGGAGGAGCACAAGACGUUUGUCUUCAAGGAGGCCAUUUUCACCGCCGUCACGGCGUAUCAGAAUCAGCUGAUAACGAGAUUGAAGAUCGAUAGUAAUCCGUUCGCCAAGGGAUUUAGGGACUCGUCUAGACUCACUGACUUCGAUCGAGACCCUAUGGAACUUAUGGAACAGCAACUGGUGAGAUGUGGCGGCGUGCCCCCGGUACGGAUCUACGAUCCUCUCACCAUACCGUCGCCGGCUAUGGUAGCCGCGGCCGCGGCCGCAACGCUGAACGUUCAGCAACAGCAGCAGCAGCAGCAACACCAUCAGCCGUCCGCGCAACAGCAACCACAACAGGAAAACAACGGGCUGUUGGUGCCUUGGCUGUCGCCAUCGGCGCUCUUGUACGCGAGGAGUGCAACCAGCUCGCCAUCGCCCUAUUCCAACCCCGCUACCCCGAGCUUUUCGUAUCCGACGACGCUGCCGUGGGCCUGGCAGCCACCCUCCGUCACGAUGAUCUCGCGACGGUCCUCGCCCCCCACCAGCCUGAGGUAUGUGCCCUAUCCACCGACGGCCAGCACACCCCCGCCGCUACGGGCACGCCCGUCCACCCCCAAUUAGCGAUCCCCCCUGGCGCUGGCGACUCGGCGACUGCGGCAUCAUCGUUCCUCCUCCCUCUCUCUGUGAUCAUGGAAACCGGCAACCCGAAACUGGAAAUCGGAAUUGUCCCGAUACGUUUUUAUCUCGUCAGAGGCACGAUGGCGCGCGUACAUUUUAUCGUCGCCGACGAAUCGGAUCGCUGGUGGACGAUAUGGAAAUAAGUGAUAUCUCGUUAUACUUCUAUCAUAGUGAUAUAGAAUACGGAUAUAGAAUACGGAAUGGAAUCGAAAAAUGGUUAUCGAAUUACUCACACAGACAUCAUAAAUAAAAGUAAUAUCAGAUUGUGCAAUUGAUGACCACGACGAACGUAACUUUAUAUAAAAUGCGCGACACGGAACAACUUUUCUAAUAAAAUAUAUAGAACUGAAA